AUGGAGGAAAUCAGACAACAACCAAGUGGAAAGUGCCCAACGCUUUCGGAUGCAGAGCAAAACAUGGCCUCGAUCGAUAGGCUGAGCAGCUUGUCGGACGAAGUCAUAUCCCACAUUCUCUCUUUCCUCCCCAUUAAGCGCUCGGUGGCGAUCAGCAUUCUCGGAAAAAGAUGGAGGUUUCUAUGGGCCCUUCUACCCUCUCUGCAUUUCAGUCACGAGGCAAAAAGAAUGGAAACUUUGACACUCGAUUGCGUCAAAUGCAAUGAGUAUCAACUGGAGACAUGGAUUACGACAACCGUCGAGCGUGGGAUUCGGAAUCUUUAUCUUAAGCUUGACUUCAAUACAUUCCCUCAAUCCCUAUUCAACUGCAAAACCAUUGUCAAAUUGAAGCUUGAUAACAAUAGCGCACCACUUUCUGCUCUAGAGAAUGUCUCUCUACCUAGCCUCAAGAAGUUUUAUGUUUCUAAUCUUAUAUGCGAGAAUGAUGAUGCGCUUCCUCGCUUUCUUUCCAGAUGUCCGUCGCUCGAGGUGUUGAACAUGGUAUUCACAUCUUAUUAUGAUUAUGUGAGCUACAUAAAUAUAUCAUCAACCACGAUAAAGACGCUUAAGCUCGAUCUUGUCCGUUUGAUUUGUCCAUGGAAGCGUGAAUAUAGGAUUAUAAUAAAUGCCCCAACACUUAGGUAUCUCCAAGUGUAUGGCUAUGCUUUGCAAGGUAUAACAAUUCCUAUAACAAAGAUCUCCUUGGUUGAGGCGGAUAUCCGCUUAAAUGAUUACUCGUUCUUAAAUCUCAAAAUGAGUUGCAAUUCCACGUUGGUGAGGUUUCUUAAUUCUCUGUGUUAUGUAAAGUGCCUAAAGAUAUCAGGCUGGGAAUUUGAGGAGUUUGUUCAUAGAGGAGUUUCUUGUUCAACUGUAAAGUUUGAUAAUUUAACCAAACUUGAACUCCAAUGGAACUUCAAAUGGAGUUUGCUUGUAAAGUUCCUUGAAGUUGCUGAUAAUCUUCAAGUCCUUACUGUUCAUUCGAAAAUGGGAUCUUUGUGGACCGAGCCCAAACAAGCGCCUAAAUGUCUGUUAUCAUGUCUACGGACUAUAACAGUUAAAUUUAUGUGGUUCAAAGAGCAUGAAUGUGACAUGCAAGGGCCUGAGUCGCCUGACGCUUGGUAUCGGUUCAUGAGCGGCAGAGAGUGGCGAGCACCGACGGCUGUUAGUAGAUCUGUGAUGGGUUGCUUCAGAUCUGUGUUACCCGUCGACGGUGAAUCAGUUGAUAGACGCGUGCCCUUCAGCCCUAAAAUCCACUUCCCACAUCGUUGUCUUUACUCUUUCCCAUUCAUCUCCUCAACUCCGGCCAAUUUCCAACUAGUGUCGAUCGGAAUUGCGACAGUCUCUUUGUUCAGGCUUCAGGUUUCUCUCUUGCCCUUUUCGACUUCUUAG